AUGCCGGACAGGAGAGGCGCCACCCUGCUGGAGGACCUACCCGAGGAGAUCAUCGACAAGAUCCUCGUCCGGCUGACGUCCAAGGACGUCGGACGCUGCCGCGCCGUCAACACGUCGUGGCGCAGCGCCACCUCCACUCCCGAAUUCAUGCUCCGACACCACCGCCGCCAAGCGUCGCUCCCUCUCAUCUAUGGCCGGGAGAUGCUCGUCGCCUUCGGUGCCGGCGCGGUCUGGCCAUUCCUUCGAGACACCAAACACCGUGACGAGAUUCGCCUCGGAGGUGCCUGCAACGGCCUCCUCGCCGUCUCCUGGGGAUCCCGAUCCUACGUCUGCAACCCGGUCAUCCGCACGCGCGUUCUCCUGCCACAACCUCAGCCUCGCCAAGACGUGGCAAUAAUGGGUUUAGCAGGGAAGUACAUCCACAACGUCAUAAUCGGCUUCUACCGGCACCAUCCAACCGGGGAACACCGGGUGCUAUGGGGCGUCUCACAAGACUACUACAAAUACAGCCUAUACAUCCUCACGGUAGGAUGCGACACUCCGAGGCACGUCGAGAUCAGACUGCCAACAAUGCCAGAGCCCGGUACCAUGGAACAUAAGCUACUUGCCGUGUUGUGUGGUUCGAACCAUUUUCUAGUAGUCGACCACGGCAACCUGCACUGGCAUCCCUAUUGUGGCAGAUACGCGACGGGCGUAGGUGGGCAAAUCAUCGUGUUCGACACAGAAGCUGAGUCGUUCCGGUUAAUGGGCUGCCCUGACCAACUGACCUACAAUCUGAAGUUGUUCAGCAUGAAGGGGAGCCUUGCUUUCGCAGGUAGCUCUCGUUACACUUAUACCGCCGUCCAUGUCUGGGUGAUGCAGGAUUACGAGGCUGAACUCUGGGCUUUCAAGUACAUGGUUGACUUAUCAGUGGUGGAGGCAUCAAGACAACUUCAUCUAACUUCUUUCCAAAAGGAAAAGGAAAAGGAAAGGCCGCUUGAUUUGGCCGGAAAAUGGAUCCAUGACAUGGCUGCGCUCAAUGAGCGUGAGCUUCUGAUCAUGUGUGAUCGAAAUCAUUUGUUGCACUGCGACAUCGAUGGCAAUUUCAUAGGAAUGGUGGACAUUGGGAACAGUCAAUAUUGUAUCAAGCUUACUCAGCUUCGCCUCAAAGAGAGCAUUAUUCCAGCCCCGUACCAUGGGAUGAAAGGAGAAGACGAUGCGGAGGAGCCAUUCUCCAUGGAGCAUGCCUGA